CUUUACCCGGAAAAUAAAUAAAAAUGGCAUAUUCCAUUACUGACUGUCACAAUUUUUAACAGUGACAAUGUCAGUGACAAAAAACAUAAACUUUGAAUUACAUCUAUAUAUCUGUUACUAUUACUUAAACUAGUCUUGGCUUUAUUCUAGCUACACUAGAGUGAGACUAGAAGCAACUCUAAGGCUUUUACAUAAAACCAGUGAAGUGAAUUGAUAUCAACUGUAUUAAUAGAUAAUGAUAACACAUGUCUCCCCAUUUUCUACACUGAUGUUUAAGUGAAUUACAGCUAGGUACCAAUUUAUGAUCAAAGAAAUAUUUAUAGAGACAAAGUCAAGUGACAACUAAAUUUGCAAACAAACUUUGAUUAUGGCAUCUAGAGUAAUAGCACGCACUUGCCAAAAUUGUUUUUGUACACGAAGACAAAAUGAGCUAUUGACCAGAAAUAAAGUUAGUGUCAGCACCAUCAAAGGUCAAGGUAUCAAAAGUGUAUCAACUUGGACUCCAUUUGCAGCAGCUUUUAACACAAAACCACAAAAGAAACUCCACCUUAAACUGAACCGAGAAAAUAAGGGUUUAUUUUGCCUACCUCAACUCAAGGAUCACACAGGAUUUUAUUUACUGAAACAGAAUGUAGAAAGUCAUGUUAGUCAACUUAUUGAUGAGGCCACCUCCAAAAAUAGAAAACUCAAGAUGGUGGUGAUAUUUGAUGAACUUUCAGACACGCUGUGUAGAGUUGCUGAUUUGGCUGACUUUGUGCGCCUGUCCCAUCCUGAUCAACACUUUGCCCAAGCUGCAGAAGAAACGUGUGUGGCAUUGUCAAGUCUGGUUGAAAAAUUAAACACUAACACUGAUCUGUAUAAAGCACUGAAAACAAUUUUAGAGGAGGGGGACACACUUCCAACAGAUGAUGUCGACAGACGUGUUACAGAACUGUUUAUGUUUGAUUUUGAGCAAAGUGGAAUUCAUCUGAAUGAAGCACAGAGGGAGCAGUUUGUGAAACUCAAUGAGCGAAUUCACAUGCUUGGAACAAUUUUUCAACGGGGCGCUCAGAAACCUGUCAGCAUCCAAAAGAAUGUUUUACCAGAACAUUUACAGCAUGUAUUUGGUUUAGAUGGAGACAACAUUAUGGUCACAGGACUUUUCUCUGACCAUUACAGUAGUCAAGUACGAGAAGCUGCUUACAGAAUUUUCUUACACCCAGAUCCCCAUCAAGCUGAUGUUCUUAAAUCUCUACUCGCAGCAAGAAACAAACUGGCUCGACUGGUCGGCUUUGAGACCUACUCUCACAGAGCUAAUAGGGGCACAAUGAUUGAGUCUCCUGAAAAAAUUGUCCAGUUUUUGAAUUUGCUGUCAGAAAAAUUAGAAUCUCGAGCCAAAGUAGAUUUCAAUGAAAUGCUGACAUUAAAACAGGCACAAGAAAAGGAUGCAAAAAAUAUUAUGCCAUGGGACCCUCCAUAUUUAUCUGCUGUUGGAAGACAGAAUGAGUGGGGUAUGUCCAAUAUGGAAAGUUUACCCUACUUCUCUCUGGGCUGUGUGAUGGAAGGCCUGAACCAACUGUUUCAAUGCUUGUUCUCUGUGUCACUCCAGCAUGUGGAAAUGGAACUGGGAGAAGCUUGGGCAGAAGAUAUUUAUAAACUAGCUGUUGUACAUAAAACAGAAGGUGUAUUGGGUUAUAUUUACUGUGAUUUUUUUGAAAGAUAUGGCAAACCAAAUCAGGAUUGUCAUUUUACCAUUCAAGGUGGCCGCAGGAAAUUAGAUGGCACUUAUCAGCAUUCAAUUGUUGUCCUUCAGUUGUCACUCCCUGGUUCACGCAGCUCAAGCGUGCCCACACUUCUUACCCCAGGCAAUGUAGAUAACUUGUUCCAUGAGUUUGGUCACGCCAUGCACUCCAUGCUGGGCAGGACAAGAUAUCAACAUGUCACAGGUACACGCUGCUCUACAGACUUUGCCGAGGUUCCUUCUGUACUUAUGGAAUUUUUCGCAUCUGAGCCAAAGGUAAUCUCCACAUUUGCUCGUCACUACAAGACUGGGGAACCAAUGAACAAGAAUGCAGUGUUAAAUUUGUGUAACUCUAAAAAAUUGUUUGCAGCUUCAGACAUGCAGCAGCAAGUGUUCUUCUCGGUGUUGGAUCAAAUCUACCAUGGCCCUCACCCAUUGAAAGGUUCAACAACAGACAUUUUAGCAGAGAUGCAGUCCAAGUAUUACAAUAUUGAAUAUGUUCCAAACACAGCCUGGCAGUUAAGAUUUAGCCAUCUAGUGGGUUACGGAGCAAGAUAUUAUGCUUACCUAGUCUCAAGAGCUGUUGCGGCCCAGCUUUGGCAUGGUUGUUUUAAAGACGAUCCCUUUAGCAGCACCAUGGGAUUUCAUUACAGAAAUAAAAUGUUGGCACAUGGUGGUGAGAAGCAUCCCAGGAAAAUUGUUGAAGACAUGCUUGGUCAAAGCCCAACUGUUGAAAAUUUGGUGUCUGCGCUGAUUCAUGACAUGGAUGAGAAUAACAAGACUUUAAGUCACUGAUGAGCGAGAGUGUACAGUUUGUUUUUAAUGGAGUUACAUUGGUCAUUGAUUGAAAUAUAACAGAAAAACACUAAAUUUAUAUUAAAAAAUAAUUUUUUUUA